AUGCUUUCACGUUCGACAACAACGGGCAACGACGAGUCGACGCCGAUGACGGAGUUGUCAUCUUCACGCUCAUCUGGCACCGAGACCAUGCGAACCACCUCCUACCCCGUCCCGCCAUCGACCGUGCUGGCCAUGACAGGCCAGUAUCCACCACAGACUUACAGAGGACUACAAGACCUGAAUCGGGAGAUCGCCGCUCUUCAGGACCGGCUAAGGCAGCGCGACGCCAAUCAGUACAUCUCAUUCAAACAUGUGUCGGCCGAUGAUCUCCGUCUGUUGGAAGAAAGCCGCGACCAGUUGCGAGCGGCUGUUCGUCUCACCUAUUUUCCUGAUAUCGAGACCCUUUUGAUCAAGGUUCCAACUCUCCACCAUGAGAAGGCGCACCGCAGUUUUGCCGAGGAGACCGUGACUGCUUUGACGAAUAUGGGAGUCCGCGUCAUGGAGCGUGAACCUACCGGAGCCGGGCGAUAUACGGCGCGCUCGGCGUCUCGGAAGGAAGCAGACUCUUCGUACAGGAAUGGACUGCUGAGACCCACCGGCACCGACUGGCCCCAUUUUGUGAUAGAAAGCGGGCUCUCCGAGUCCUUGUCUCGACUCCGCCAGGAUGUUAACUGGUGGAUUGCGAAUUCAGGCGGCAGGGUAUUGCUUGUCUUGCUCCUGAAAGUCUCACGGUCUGAUCAGACGCUCACAAUAGAAAAGUAUUUCCCGCAGCGCCAGCCAAGCACUCGGGCGCGCGUCGCCGCCGGCGGGCCUGGCUUUGUUCCCCAACGCAUCACCACUACGGUGGUCAAGGUGGGAACUACACCCCCCUCUGUUCAGGGACCACCGGUAGUUCUGGAGUUUAACCGGGUCAUUGGCAGGCAGCCAGUAGCGCCGCGUGAGAGGGAUGUGGUCUUUGCGCAUGCAACAUUAAUCGAACUCGCUCUCAUGAUCUUCAAAUGA